GUUGUGCUCAAAGGCUGAUGUUUUGAUAGAACCUUUCAGACCUGGUGUUAUGGAAAAACUUGGACUUGGACCAAGUGUCCUUAUGAAGGAUAAUCCAAAGUUGAUAUAUUCAAGAUUAACUGGCUAUGGGCAAACAGGUGCAAUGGCCAAACAAGCAGGACAUGACAUUAACUAUAUAGCYAUGACAGGCCUACUUUCCAUGCUUGGRCGCCGAGAAAAUAACCUUAAUCCACCACUAAACYUGCUGGGUGAUUUUGCUGGGGGAGGGCUGGUGUGUGUCAUGGGUAUAUUAUUGGCAUUGGUAGAGAGAAACAAGUCAGGAAAAGGACAAGUUAUUGAUAGUGCAAUG